UUUUAUAUAUCUAACCUUGAUAAUGGUUUGUUUAAAAGCGUUGUCAACAUCAAUAGCAGAUCAACAGAACAGAAACUCUGAUUAGUUUUUCCUUCCAGGAUAUUUAAUAAAAUGACCAACUCUAGCAACAUGUUUCUAAGCGAAGACGACCCAGAUCCGAACAAUCUGAUUAAAAGUCGAGAAUUUUUGUACAGACUGAUCAUAAGCCAGCUGUUUUAUGAUGGCCAUCAGCAGCUUGGACAAAGUCUGGCUCAAGCAGUGCAAGCAGAGCCUGCCUGUGCUCCAAGCGACAGGUUAUUUAGGAUAACAUUAGCUGGGUUGGAACAUGAACCCGACAGGAAAAGCAGACCGCCAACUAUUGGAAUCGGAAAUAAUACCAUUGGACCAGGGCUUGAUUUGGAAUUUGAAACGGACUCUAGCACACUUGCGCCAGAACCAGCGCUUUAUGAAACGGCUUACGUUACUUCACAUAAGGGUAACUGCAGGGCUGGUUGCUUCUCUGCAGACGGGCAACUAAUUGCAACUGGAAGUGUGGAUGCCAGCAUCAAAAUCCUAGAUGUAGACAGAAUGUUGGCGAAAUCAGCCCCUGAUGAAUUGGACCCAUCCAGGGCCAUUGAGCAACAAGGACACCCAGUUAUCAGAACAUUGUAUGACCAUAUGGAGGAAGUCACCUGCCUAGAAUUUCACCCAAAGGAAACAAUACUCUGUUCAGGAUCGAAAGACCACAGCAUCAAGUUGUUUGAUAUAUCUAAGGCCAGUGUGAAGAAGGCAUUCAAAACCAUAUCGGAAGCUGAACCGGUUAAAUGGUUCUCAUUUCACCCCAGUGGAGAUCACUUAAUCGUUGCUACAACCCAUCCAGUAAUCCGAAUGUAUGAUGUGAAUACUCUGCAAUGUUAUGUCUGCCCUUUUCCCAAUCAACAACACACUCAAACAGUCACUUAUCUUAAAUGGUCUCCUGAUGCAAAGUGCUUCGCCAGUUGCAGCAAGGAUGGAACCGUCAAGAUAUGGGAUGGAGUUUCAAAUAGAUGUGUUAAUACCUUUGUAAAAGCUCAUGAUGGUUUUGAAGUAUGCUCAGUGUCUUUUUCACGCAACGGCAAAUAUCUGCUAUCGUCUGGAAAAAAUUCAAUAUGUAAGCUGUGGGAACUCUCGACCAGUCGGUGCCUGAUUGCCUACACUGGAGCAGGCACAACUGGGAAACAGGAAUAUGAGGCUCAAGCAGUGUUUAAUCAUACUGAAGACUAUGUGCUAUUCCCUGACGAAGCGACCACAUCCCUAUGCGCUUGGAAUUCCAGGAAUGCAUCCAGGAAGCAACUGAUGUCUUUAGGGCAUAAUGGAGCAGUUAGACUGAUCGCCCAUUCGCCCAGUCAGGCUGCAUUCUUGACUUGUUCUGAUGAUUUCCGCGCUAGAUUUUGGUAUAGAAGAACCCCAACAUUGUAAACUUCGUUUCUGAAUAAUAAAAGUAAAAAUGAUCAA